CAUCCAGAUAUCCAUCAGAAGCAUAUGGGGUAGGAUAGCCUGUAUAGCGGCACGCAGCUCACCUUUCGAGCAUGUAAAUACAAUAAGGCGUUUGCGGUCCGUGCCGUUACACGUGUCGCUUUUACAAACACGCGUAGCAUAUUGAUGUAGUAUGGCCCCGCGUUCUGUGCGGCCAGACCGCGGUGCAGUGAACUCUGGGAUGGCGACCAUUCUGCUUUUGCUCGCGACCGCCUUCGUCUUGGCGAAAGCUGGCGGAAGCGCAACCGCAACUGACCUUGGGAUACCUCUCUACAUCCCGUCGGACGUGCCCUGCUCGGAGCUCUUUGCCUUUCACCAAGCACUCAGCGAAGACGGCACGGGCGACGGGUCGGAGGCCUGGUCGGAAGCCCCCAACACGGGCGAUGGCGGGACGGCUCAGCAGUCCCAAUACUGCCACAUCUCCUACGCCGCAACAGCCGUGUCCACCCUUGAAGGCCGACCCACCAUCGCCUACGACACCACCUACCUAGUGCACAAGGAGCUGCUCAGCCACGUGCUCAAUGCGGUGCGGAGGGCCAAGGAGCGAGACACGCGCCAGGUGGGCGACCCCUUCAUUGCGCCCUACCUGGCCGGCGUGUAUCAGCGGCUGGGGCUGGAGUACUCCUCGCUGCUGUGCUUCCCGCGCCUCACGCUGCUGUGGCGCAGCCUGGCGGCAGCAGCCGCGGCGGAGGCGGCGGAGGCGGCGGAGGAGGAGCACGGCGGUGGUGGUGUGGGGGCAGCAGGUGGUGGUGCGGACGGAGGUGGUGGCAAGGAAGAGGAGGCAGGCGAUGGUGGCGCGGCGGAGGAAGAAGCCGGAGCGGCGGAGGCGAGUGGCAUGGCAGUCAGCGGCGCUGGUGGUGCAGGCGAGGCUUCCGGCGGGGUCCUGGGGCCGUCUGGGCAGCCUGGGCACAAAGUGGGUGCGGCUGCGGCUGCGGCGCCUGCGGCUGCCCGCAUUGUGCCCCUCGAGUGGCACAUGCAGCAGCUACACCGGGAGUUGGUGCUUGAGCCCUGGCGGCCGGCCGAGCUACGUAUCAUGCUGGGCCGCGCCGCCGCCUACAGCGAGGCGCUGGCGGCGGCGGCGGCGGGCCGCAACGGCGGCGGCGCCGCCCCCGCCACCAGCGGCAGCGGGCGCCGCGCCUGCGCCGGCGGCGGCGCCUCUGCCGGCGGCGGCGCCUUUGCAGGCUUGGGCCUGGGGCAUCUGGGUCCGUGGAUGCCCAGAGGGCAGGCCAGCCUAGGGCUGCUAGCGGGCGGCGGCGGAGCCGGCGGCUGGGGCUGGCGCGGCGGCGCCUGCGAAGCGGGCGGGGUUGCGGGCAGCGGUGGCAGUGGCGGCAGCGGUAGCGGCGGACAGGCUGGCGGCGCAGCCGCUGGUGGCGGCGGUGGAGUGGGCGGCGUGGGCGGUUUAGCGCACUUGGGGUCUGUGGGCACGCAGGGCAGCGGCCCGGGCUUCUGGGCUCUGUGGCUGCUGUGCCCCACAGUGCUGGUGGCGCUGGACGCACUGCAGGUCGCUCCCGACAACCCCUGGAUGGCGCUCUACAUCUGCGUCAUCGCAACCUGCCGCACACUGGCCGAGUGGCGAGCCAUCCUAGCCGCAUUCUCCACGCCGCCAGCCGCCGCCGCCGGAGGCGGCGGCGCCAGCCGCCGCGGCGGCGCCGCCGGAGGCGGCACCGGCUCCGGCGCCGGCUGGGGCCUGCAUCGGUUCUCUGGCCUGUUGGCUGCGCACCUGGCCAGCGGUGUGGCGAGUGUGUUGGUGACUGGGCUGCUGAACACGUGGCUGCCGCUGCUGGGGCACGGCGCGGCGGCAGCAGUGGUGUGGCUGCACCUGCUGCUGCUGCCGGCGGUCAUGGUCACGGCCAUGAGCGUGGCGGCCAUGCCGGGCGUGGCCCGGCAGUUGGUCGGUGGCAACGGUGACGACACGCCGCGGGGCCGCCGCGACCGCCGCCGCAUCGACAGCGACGCCCUGGACGCAGCCCUGCGCCGCGCGGUGCGGGAGGCGGACCGCGCCGCCGCCGCGGCAGUGGCGGCUGCCGGCGGCGGAGCCGGCGGCGGCGGCGGCGGCGGCGGUGGCACGCCCGGGCGCGGCGGCACCGCCGACAACACGCCGAACGCGGUGGCGGCGGCCGCCGCCGCGGCCGCGGCUGCGGCGGCUGCGGUGCACUGGCCUCCGGCACUGGACGUGCCGUCCUGGCUGGACGACUGGCCCAAUGCGCCCGAGGCGUUCAGGUGCCCCAUCACACAGGCCAUCAUGCGCGAGCCAGCGCAGGCCAGCAGCGGCGUCACGUACGAGCGGCCCGCCAUCAUGCAGUGGCUGGAGCACCGCCGCAUCGACCCCGUGACGCACGUGCCGCUCAAGCGACACCGCCUGUCGCCCAACCUCAACCUGCGGCACAUGAUCGAGGUGUGGGUGGGUGACCGAGUGGACGCGCGGCGGCGGCUGACGCAGCAGCUACGACAGGAGGUCAAGCCCGGCGCGGGGGCGAGCGGCGCUGGGGUGGGCGGCGCGGGGGCGGGCGGCGCGGGGGCAGUGCGAGGAGCAGGGGUGGGCGGCGCGGGCGCGGGCGGCGCGGGGGCAGUGGGAGGAGCAGGGCAUGACGGGGGCAGCGGCGGCGGCGGCGGCGGUGGGGCGAGGGAGGGCUGCCAGGCGGUGUAUAGCCAGGGGCCAGGCCGUGGGGCCGAGGCGGCCGAUGGCGGGCAACCCGCAAGCACGGCAGCCCCAGCCCUAGCCCCUGCACCCGCGCCUGCAACCGCGCCUGCUGCCACUCCCGCGCCCGGGCCCCUGCUUGCAGCCGCAGCCACGUCAGCAGAGCCGGCCACUCGCGAGAGCAGGGCAGGGGCCAGCAGCGCUGAGGCGGCGUAUGCAGGUGCAGGCGAAGGCGCUCGCAUCGGCGUGAUCAGCAAUGGGCAUGGCGGCGGCAAUGGUAGAGGCAACGAUGGCGGCGGCGGCAGUGGGGGCGCCACUGCCGCGCAGCCCGGGCCAGAGGCCAACGUCAACGGCUGCGGCAGCCACGAGGGGCUGCAUGCGGUUCAGCCGCUGCGCGUCCGAGUGGCGAUCAGUGACGACGGAAACGGCGAAACUGAUGGCGAUGGCGAAGACGAUGAAGAGGACGAUGUGGCAGCAGCGGCGGCGUCGGAGGAGGAGGAUGCGGGUGGCGACGCUCGUGCCAACUCAGACUCGGACGAGGGAGACGAAGACGACGACGAAGAGGAGGGCGGAAACAGGGAAGAAGCUCGUGACGAAGGUGCGGAUGAAGAGGAGGAAGACGAAGAGGAGGAGAACAACCUGCCGGAGGAGGCGGUGGAGGUGGUGGAGGCGCUGGCGGCGGCGGCGGCACGGGCGCGAUCCGGCGCCGCCGCUGACCGAGUGGCAGAGCGGGCGCAGAUAUUGGGUACGGUGACGUUCGGUGAUGCCGGCGGACAAGGUGGCAGCGGCGGCCGCGGCGGCGACGGAGGUGGCGCGGCUGGUCAAGGAGGCGCUCGCGGUGCGUAGCAGGCUAGCAGCUUAGCAGGUUAAGUUGUAUUGGCUCGGUGUGGACUGACGGUGGGCGCGUGAGGUCGUGAAGAUGAAGCGGCCGAACUUGCAGGAGACUCUAGGCAGUGCUCCGCACGGUGUAGUAAGGCGGGCAUGUGCAAUCAUUUUGAGCUGCUGCGGCUAGAGCUACAGGGUGGGCGUUUUUUAGUGCAUCAAAGUAAUGUGUUAAUGCCUAUUGCAUGUAAAUAGGUGGCAGGGAAAAUUCGGGCGGAGCGAGAAGUGCCUUCGCACGUCCAUGGACAAUUGACUUUCGCGAGGU